CUCGAAGCCGGAAGUCAACCGCUGCUCCACCAAAGAAGAAGAAAAUCACCAGUGUUGUCUUCCGCCGCUGUGAUUCACGUGGAGGAGCUGCAUCGUGAGGACUCGUGGUACUGUCUAUCAGGAAGACCAAGAAACACACAAACAUGACGCACUUAGGCGGUAUAGUAAAACCCAAGACCAAGCGCUCCAAACGCUUCUUGGAUAACAGAGCGCCCAAGCUGACUGAGGAUGUGAAGACCGCCAUGAUUAUGAAAGGGGGGAACACCAGUCAGACCAUCACCCAGGCCCUCAAGGACAUAUAUUCCCUGAAGAAGCCCAAUGCUGUGCUGUACAAGAAGAAGAACAUAACCCGGCCGUUUGAGGACUCAACAUCACUGGAAUUUUUCUCCAAGAAGACGGACUGCUCUCUGUUUCUGUUCGGCUCCCACAACAAGAAACGACCCAACAACCUCAUAUUUGGUCGCCUGUUUGACUUUCACGUGCUGGAUAUGAUAGAAGUUGGAGUUGAGAAGUACGUCUCUCUGAGCGACAUCAAGACCAGCAAAUGUCCUGAGGGGACCAAACCGAUGCUCGUGUUUGCAGGGGAGGCUUUUGAUAUAGACAACGAGCACAAACGUCUGAAGAGUCUGCUCAUAGACUUCUUCAGAGGUCCCACCGUGUCGGCGGUGCGUCUGGCAGGUUUAGAACAUGUUCUGCACUUCACAGCCCUGGAUGGGAAAAUCUUCAUGCGCAGCUACAGGUGUCUGUUGAAGAAGUCCGGGUGCCGCACACCGCGCAUAGAGCUCGAGGAGAUCGGGCCAUCGUUUGACCUUGUCUUAAGAAGAUCACAUCUGGCUUCAGAUGACUUGUACAAGUUGUCUCACAGACGGCCCAAAGCUCUGAAGGCCAGGAAGAAGAAGAACAUUUCCCACAAUGCCUUCGGUACCAAGUUCGGCCGGGUGCACAUGCAGAAGCAGGACCUGUCCAAGCUGCAGACACGUAAGAUGAAGGGCCUGAGGAAGAGGAGGGGACCGGUGGUCGCUGAAGACAAGGACCAGGAAGGACAGGAAGCCAAAGUCCCCAAAGUGGAGAGCUGAGGUGGCUGUGAACGUCGUCGUCCCCCCCCCCACACACACACACACACAUUUAUAAGACUGACCGUGUGCUCAUCUGUGAGCAGAGAGGAUCUAUUAUCCCUACCCCUGUUGUCUCCCCUUCUCCAUGUGACUUUCAGAUACUUCUCUGUCUAGAGCAUCAGGAGUGUGUUCGCUCAGUUCUCUGGUUAAACCACACAAGCAUCAGCAAAAGUCCAACACGUGAUUGGCAGUUGAAGGGGAAGUCUGCCUGAAAUUAGCUGAAUUGUCUUCUAUAAAUCGGAGUGUAAAAAUGUAAUUUCACUGUCAGCACUCACUUUAAAGGAAAUAAAACGCUCUCUAAACUACGUCGAGUUUAGAGCUUUAAUUUUUAGACAAUUUA